GGCUUCCCAACAUGGCUCUUCCUUGUCGAUGAUGAGGAAGGCAGAGAAUAGAGGUUGUAUUCUGUAUGUACCCACAGUAGUUGAUGAAUACAUAAAUUACUGCAAGAACACUGCAGAAUGCACUCUAAGCUUUAAACAGCUCGUUUGGAAGCUAAGAUACAUCAUGGGAUUAAAACCUUUGGUGUAAGGAUGGGAAACUCUUUUUGAGUCAAGAUUUGAAGCGCUACUUCUAACUUUGGAUGAAGAUCACAAGAAUAAUUAGAGCCAAUCAAAUCGAUCGAGGUAGUUCAAUACCAAGAAAUAACUAUUUCAAAAUGAAAAUUUUGAUGAUGAUGUACAUGAUGAACGUACAGCCGCCCCAGUCUGAGGAAGAUUUUCCAUCUUCCCUUGUGCUGAGAGGCUCUUUCUGAUACACAUCUCUGACUCUAAGACAUUCAUUCAACUCAGUAUGAAUAGACUUGAAACAAGCAUGGAUGGCUGUGCAGUGACUCUCGUAAGCGCUCUUCCCUUCCAUAAAUGAUGAUAAAAAUAUUGGAGCUGUCAGAGUAACCUAGUUACAUUGUUGAGCACUCUUAUACACACCACUGAAAUUGAACCAUCAUUUCAUUAUCUAACCUAAGAUAGAUACGAGUGGCACUCACAUUCAGUCAUGAUCAGAGAUAUCCCAAUGCAAUUCACUAGAUUGAAAUAUCUGGCUAAGAGCUAGUUCUAAGGUAGGAUCUUACUCCUUUCACUUGAGUACAAUGAUGAAGAACCGUACACCUCUAGAAUGAGACUAUAUGAUUUGAAAAAUCAGUUCAUUUCUGAUACUCAAAAUUAUCAAAAUUGUCUAACUUUGAUCUAGUCACGAUCUUGGUGAUAUCUAAAAGAAUAAUUCCUGUUAAUUAAUUAAAAACACUAUUUUC